AUGUCCGCGAACCCGGGCAAUCGCCUUCAGAAAUGGAACCCAACGCCUCCUGAUAGGGGUGCGUUUCCUCUGGACCAUUAUGGGGAUUGCAAGGAGCACAUGCAGAAGUACCUCAAAUGCAUGAAGCUUGUGCGAAAUGAGAACGCCCCAAACUGUCGUCUACUAGCGAAAGAUUACCUUGCAUGUCGCAUGGAGCACGAACUUAUGGAGCGAGUCGACUGGAAGGACCUCGGACUUCCCGAAGAUGAUAAAAAUACAAAGAAAUGA